UGGUGAACACACACACAGGUGGCCUCAGUCUAGCUCACUCACUCACUCACUCACUCUCACACACACAGAGUGUAUACACAGGCCAGCGUUCUCCAGGGAGCAGGAAUGAAGCUGAAGCUGCCGAACCCGGGUCUGGACGACCGGAUCCCGUCCCACGCCGACCUGGAGCACAUGGAGACAGUCCAGGCUAAAGACCGUCCUCAGUGGGACAAUAAAGCUCAGUACAUGCUCACCUGUGUGGGGUUCUGCGUGGGACUGGGGAACGUCUGGAGGUUCCCUUACCUGUGUCAGAGCCAUGGCGGAGGAGCGUUCAUGAUCCCGUUUCUCCUGCUGCUGGUCCUGGAGGGGAUUCCUCUCCUCCAUCUGGAGUUCGCUAUUGGACAGAGACUGAGGAAGGGAAGUGUCGGAGUUUGGAGGUCCAUCAAUCCGUAUUUAUCCGGAGUCGGUACAGCAUCCAUGCUGGUGUCCCUUAUGGUUGGAAUGUACUACAACACCAUCAUAGCCUGGGUCAUGUGGUACUUUUUCAACUCCUUCCAGGACCCACUGCCAUGGAGUCAGUGUCCCAUAAAUGAAAACAGAACAGGUGUGGUGUCUGAAUGUGGCCGCAGUUCCUCUGUGGAUUAUUUCUGGUACAGAGAGACUCUGAACAUCUCCAAUAACAUUGAGGAUUCGGGCGGGUUGCAGUGGUGGAUGGUGCUGUGUCUGAUUGCAGCAUGGAUGGUUCUCUGGGUCUGCUGCAUCCGAGGCAUUGAAACCACCGGGAAGGCGGUUUAUAUCACGUCCACUCUGCCGUAUGUCGUUCUCACUGUCUUCCUGGUUCGAGGCCUGACUCUCAAAGGAUCUGUUGAUGGAAUAAAGUACCUCUUCACUCCAGAUUUAAAAGAGUUGACGAAUCCGACCACAUGGCUGGACGCUGGAGCCCAAGUGUUCUACUCUUUCUCACUUGCCUUUGGAGGACUCAUCUCCUUCUCCAGCUACAACUCCAUACAUAACAAUUGUGAACAGGAUGCUGUUAUCAUCUCCAUCAUCAACGGGUUUACGUCAGUGUAUUCUGCCAUUGUCAUCUACUCCAUCAUCGGCUUUCGAGCCAUGGAGAAGUUUGAGGACUGUCUCAGUGGGAACAUUUUGGCCCUCCUGAAUGCGUUUGACCUGCCCGUGGGAAACAUAACUGAGAGUAACUAUGAAGAAGUUCUACAAGUUCUUAAUAGCACAUCACCGUCAAUAAUUCAGGGGCUUGAUCUAAAGACUUGUAACUUACAGGACCUCCUCAGCCAGGGAGUAGAAGGUACUGGUCUGGCCUUCAUCGUGUUCACAGAGGCCAUCACCAAGAUGCCCAUUUCUCCUCUGUGGGCAGUGUUGUUCUUUAUCAUGCUUUUCUGUUUGGGACUCUCCACAAUGUUCGGUAGCAUCGAGGGGGUCGUGGUGCCUCUUCAGGAUCUGAACAUCUUCCCUAAGAGAUGGCCUAAAGAAGCCCUAACAGGAAUCGUGUGUCUGGUGUCUUUUGCCGUGGCUCUGAUAUUCACACAACGUUCUGGUGAAUACUGGCUCGCUCUGUUCGACGGAUUCGCCGGCUCCAUUCCCCUACUCAUCAUCGCCUUCUGUGAGAUGAUUGCUGUGGCUUACAUCUAUGGAAUAGACAGGUUUAAUGAAGAUAUUGAGUUCAUGAUCGGACACAAGCCCAAUUUCUUCUGGCAGGCCACAUGGAGGGUGAUCAGUCCUCUCAUCGUUCUUGUCAUCUUCAUCUUCUUCCUGAUCUCCACUGCCACCAGGGAGCUCACCUACAUCGCCUGGAACCCUGAUUCGAAAAACUUCCCCAAUUUGGAGGUCCUGCACUACCCCGAGUGGAUCAAUAUCGUCAUCUUCAUCCUCUCUGGUAUUCCUGCUCUGCUUAUUCCACUGGUUGCUGUUUAUAAACUCAUCAGGAAGCGCUGCUGUGGGAAAGAUGAUACGCAGGCGCUGGAAAUUUACAGCGUGUCAGCUCAACUACAGGCAGAACUCAAAAAAGUAUAGAACAAAAAACUGACCGGCAUACGUGUAAUGGGGAAAGGACUAAACCACUGUAAAAAAGAUGAAAGUUAUGUUAGAAAUUAACUGGAACUAAAAGUACCCUAAUCGUGUCGGAAAUGACCCCUGGAGCCUCCUGUGUGCUCAGACGGGUAAAGAAGUUGUUCUUUUAAACAUAAUCUAUGUUCUUAUAACGUGAAUAGAGACACAGCGAUGGCUUGCACAGCUCCGUUUCCUUCAGGUUCUCCAUAAAGUCUGACAAGCACAAAGAAUUAUGGAAUUCCUGUGAAGUGUACUCAUCUGAAAACAGCAACUGUUGUAUUUGACUUUCAAACGCUCUGAAAUGAUCUUUGUAAUCAGGGGUUCAAGCACUAAAAUAAUUCAAACUGUUUAAAUAAUGCAGGGAAAAAUCUCUGCUUGUUCCCUACUUGGGGUCCACCCCAUCCUCGACAGGCCACCAGACAUCACAAGCAUUUGUCUGCGUUAAGGCUGUGAAGAUAUUGGAAUUAUAUUUUCAUUGUGUUAAAUAAGAUGUUAAAAAGUCUGCAUAGAAAAUUAUUUCAAAAGAUUAAUUUAUUCUGUUGUUUUGUGAAUAUGAGCUGGGCUGGGGUGCAGUGAAGUGGGGCGUUGCUAUGAAAAACCCACAAGAAAACUCCAUGUUUUAUCUCCUGGACCUUAUUUUAGGCUGUUCAUAGAGCUGUGAGUUACGUCUUUAACUAGGAGUUUUCAUUUAUUAAUAAACAUUAAACACUAGAUACCCUGCUGAAUACUAAAUAAAAAAUAUUAAAAGCAGAAUAAAAUCCAAUAAGCUUUAAGUGACCGUUGAUGUGAUGCUUCAUGUCCGGUUUGUACCCGGGGUUAGAUCACAUCCUGACCUUCACCCCCUGUGAAGACCUCAAGGACCUGCAGUUGUGUUACUAAUGUUGCUGAAACUUUCUGCAUAAAUAGACAUUUAAAUGCACAGCAUGCCAAUGUAACUGGAUUAUGUUCCACAUAAAUGAUUUCUGUAGCCUUCUUUCCUGGUUCAGCUCCUACUAUAUUAAGGUA